AUAGACAACAGCUCAGAGACAACACGCUGCACCCAGAGAGACACUGACAGAGAGUAACUCAGACCCGGGAUCGAGGACCCAUGAAAGAAAAAUGACCAACAUUGGGAAAGUGAUCUGGUUGUUUUCAGCUCUCUGUCACUUCAGCUGCUGGUCCACUACCUCUCAGGACUGUACCUGGGCAUCUGAGUUGACCUUUCAGGAUGUAAAAGACGCCAUUGAUAAAUUGAAACAGCUGGACAUCCUGAACACUAGAAUUGCAAAUUUGGAACAGCAGGUCGCUACUCUGCAGACAUAUGUGCCAAGCAUCAUUUUCCACGCCAAGGUGUCCGAUGGCAAGAACCCGAUUGGACCAGGUCACAUCGUCUAUGACACAGUUAUUGUGAACAAAGGUUCUGGCUAUAACCCUUCAACUGGGAUCUUCACUGCUCCUGUGGCUGGGAUUUACUACUUCACCUACUCACUGCUCGGGUUGUCAAAUUCAGGCAACACCGAGGUGCACCUGAUGAAAAAUAGAGAAGCCCUGAGUUACAUCCAUAGCAUCCUGUCAGCAAGUCAAGCCCAGGCAGCAUCCAUGCCAGCAAUACUGACCCUCAACAAGAAUGACCAGGUCUGGGUCAGCCUCAUUCAGGGAGGAGCAUGGAGUGGACGAGGAGCCUUGAAUUUCCAGGGCGUCCUCCUGGAGGCCAAGUAAGAAGAGGUUUAUGGCCAAAAUCAAUAACGCAUUCCCAACAUACCACUCCCCAUCAUUCCCUACACCCUUCAAUAUCUCACCUGGUCCAAUCCUACUUUACUCCCUCAUCCCCCGCACUUUUCACUAUCCCACCCGGUCCAAUCCCACUCUCUCCCCAACACUCCCCACACCCUUUAAUCUCCCACCUGGUCCAAUCCCACUCUUUCCCCCUCACUUCCUGCACUUUUCAAUAAUGGGUUUCCUCCGGGUGGUCCAGUUUCCUCCCACUGUCCAAGGAUGUGCAAGCGAGCUGGAUUGGCCGUACUAAAUUGUCCAUAGUGUUCAGGGAUGUGUAGAAAAGGUGGGCUAUAGGGGGAUGGGUCUGGUGGGAUGCUGUGAGAGCCAGUGUGGACUUGUUGGGCCAAAGGGCCUGUUUCCACACUGUAGGGAGCCUAGGUCAUAUCAAAGUCAUAUCCCACCUGGCCCAACACCAGAGUCUUCCUCACUCCCCACACCUGACUACUUUGGGUCCGUAUUUAUAUUGUAAUCAUUGUAAUAACUAACAAGGCCAAGGAAGUCACUUUGAUAUUAACAUACGCCCAAUGCAGCCAUUUUGUGUGUGGCACAUAUUUUAAUCAAAUCACUGCAUGCAGAUGUUAAUCAGACAGAACAGCUUUUUGUAUUUAGUUGGAUUACAGUUUCUGAAUGAAUAAUCGUUAUUAGUAAGACUGGAUUUUCAUUUGGAACUGUUUAAAUAAAGCUUGUGAAAUUGUU